GAGUAGAUUCGGCGCAGGUGUCGGGUCACCCCGCCUGCCUGACGCUCAGCUCGGCCCGCGUGAAGAGCAGAGAGAAGCGAGGCCAGUCAGUCUGUCUUCGGACGGUGUAUGGGUAGGACGUGUGGCCUCUCGCUCCUCCAGUCAAGCGUCAUGCCUCCCGCCGCGGCCACGGGAGUAGGGAAAAGUGGUCAUGCAGCCCUCACGUGUCCCUGGCCAUAGGUACCCGUAGCUGGGGAGCCUUAAGUAGCUAUCCACGUUUCCAUGGGCUGGAUUCAUAGCGUGGAACAUUACUUAGAUUCUUAGACAGCCGGUGGUGGAAGACGCUUCUCAAGGGGUGAUCUAAGCCGCCGGGAGUGACUGUAGGGUGUUGUGCCGUGCUCGUGCCUUCCCUUCCCUUGCCCCCUGACCCUUGUCCCCCCACCGCCAUGCAGGGAGUAAGAGAGCUACUGUUGGCCUUGCAGCUGCUUGUCCUCCUCCGUGGUUUACACGCGAGCUGGGACGAGUGGUGGACGUAUGAUGGAAUAUCAGGGCCGGAGUUCUGGGGUCUGAUUAACCCGAACUGGAAUAUGUGCGAGAAGGGUCGACGUCAGUCCCCCAUUAACAUCGAGCCUGACAAGUUGGUGUACGAUCCCCAUCUUCGCCACGUGCAUAUCGACAAGCACCGGGUCUCGGGCAAUCUCUUCAACACUGGACAGAGCGUGAUCUUCAAGGUGGAGAAGGGUACCAAGCACCAUGUAAACAUAACAGGCGGCCCUCUGGUGUACAAGUAUCGUUUCGAGGACCUGUACAUCCACUUCGGGGACGCCAAUGCGCAGGGCUCCGAACACCAGAUUGGGGGCACUACUUUUCCUGCAGAGAUCCAAAUGUACGGAUUCAAUGUUGACCUUUACAAGAACAUGACCGAGGCACGACUUGGAUCUAAUGGCAUUGUGGGUCUGUCCAUCAUGAUUCAGGUGGGCGAGAACGGUAACGAUGAAUUGCGCAUCCUGUCCUCGGGGUUCGGCAAAGUGACGUACAGGGGGCAGCACUGGCCUAUCCGCCACCUCUCCCUGGCCGGACUCUUGCCCAGCACCCACCACUACAUGACCUACGACGGCUCCACCACCCACCCCGGCUGCUGGGAGACCACGACCUGGCUCAUCAUGAACAAGCCCGUCUAUAUCACCAAGCAGGAGCUGUACGCCCUCCGCCAGCUAAUGCAAGGCGACGCGCAGCUGCCCAAGGCCAAGAUGGCGAAUAAUUUCCGUCCCGUGAAGGCCCUGCAUCACCGCACUGUGAGGACCAAUAUUGACUUCACUAACGCCCAUCGCUCCAAGGCCUGCCCCACCAUGCAUCAGGAGAGGUUUUACGCGGCGCGCCAGUGGCCAAAGCUAUAGCCAACUCUGUGGGUGUAGCGGGACAGGCGCGGCGAGGCAGAGGAGCUGACAUACACUGGAUAGAACCUCCUCGCCUCAGCCCCGGCCAGCCUCUCCCAGCCCGGCCAGCAGGGGACACUGAAACACUACAGGAAGGGACAAGUAUAGCAGGCCAGACGGUGUGGACACAAGGUGGGAAUCCUGUUAUUUAGUAGCUUGUUGGCGUGUCACAGUAAGGCGCUUGUGACUUGGGCUCGUGUCUCAGAUUGAUGAAGUAAUUGAUAGUGUUGGUGACUUAUUAAAGUGGUGUGGGGUUCAGCUGUGUUACUCCUAAUGGUAGUUAACUACGGUGCGUGCGUGUACGUGUGCGCGUGUGUCCCAAGCUACUGGUGUAGGUACUAAACACUACAAGGCAAAGAAAAUGAAAAGCGAGUCUUGAUUACAUAGGAAAUGUGACUCAAAGCAGUGACUGAUUUAUUUCUGAAGCUGAAAGGAAUUAAUGGAAAAAAAAUAUUUAUCGUGGAAAAAAGUAUAUAUUGUGUUGAUUGAAAUGACAGGUGUUAAUGCAAGGUGUGAAAAAGUCACCUGUAAUUAAAUAUGAAUGUAAAGAAAGCGUGUGAAGUGAAAGAGGAGAGAGAAAGAGAGAAAAGGAAAAAAAAAAGUUUAAUAUAAUGUUGAUUUACUACGAAUGUAAAAGUCAUUGUUGCAUAUUGAAUGCCAUUGAAAAGUCUCUUGUUUGUGAGUGAAAACACCUGAAUACGCGGGCCAGGUGUGAGCAGGUGCGGCGCGCAGGUGUGAAUGAUUUGCCGCUGAAAAGAAAAGAGAGAGAAAAAAGUGCAGUAUUGAAAAAGCUGAAUAUCGAAAUUGAGAAGGAAAAUUAUGUUAAACACGCUUCAAAUUCAGGAAGAAAACACGAGAGAACUCGAAACAUAAAGAUAUUGGAUACUUUUCGCCUCUGCAGUGAUAAACACGGUGCUGGAAAUAGAAAAAAAAAUGAAGAAAUCCCUGGACAAAUCCCUCAGUCACUAAUCAGUUGACACAGACAAGAGAAGGCACAAGGUGACGCCCUUCAAGUCCACGAGGGAGAAGGACAUUCCAGACAGGACUCGCCACGACAAGGACGCCGCCGCCUCGUUGUCGCCGCCCUAGCUGCUACUACUUCUGCUGUUAUAUCUACUGCUGCUGCUGCCGCCGCUGCUGUUGCUGCCGCUGCUGUACGUCAGGUCCGCCCGGCGUGAGCUGUGUACAUAGUACUUAGAAUAACUCAAGCAAAGAACGGACAAAAAAGGGUAAAUAAAAGACUUUAGGAGUGAGAGGGAAAAAAUGGAAGGAUCAGAGGGAGGUCGGCGCAGCCAUUGCAAGCUUGCCAGAAUUGACCGUAAAAUGCGAGCGUGUGCGAGCCUGGCGGAGUGUUGGCGGUGUUUACUCGCGUCGAUAACAAGGUGUAAACAGCCGGGGAGGCGCUGCUCCCGCCGCUGCUUCGAGCCUCCACCUAUGAAGCACUGGAGGCGGUGAAGCAUCGCGCGCCCAUAACUGGUAAAAGAGGUGUGUGUGUGUGAGUGUGUGUGUAUGUGUGUGUGUGUGCUCCACCACGAUGCGUUCUAAAGUGUUUUUUGUCCAUACAUGUUGCUAAUCUUGAAAACACUCCAAGGUUCCACCACUACUCGCCUUGUGGAGCCGUGAACCAGUACCGAGGGUUCGAAUCCACUUGAACCACCUGGCCUGAACCGCCUCCCUCUUGCUGCCGCGCCUCCCCCGCUGAGUGGGGGAGGGGGGGAGCAACAGGGAGGCAAGGGCGGUGUUCUGCUGCUGUUCAUCUAUCAGUCCUUCACUAUAAAGAGGCACGUGUGUUCUGGCGUGUGUUCUGGCAUGUUCUCGUGUGUUCUCGUGUGUUCUGGUGUGCGAUUCUUGCAUGGCUGCGUUCAUAUGAAGCAAUAUAUACAUAUAUUUUUCCCUCUCCGCUGAAAAAUUCAUAAUAACGAGGGUAGACUACUGUUGCUGAAUGGUUCGGUUCACUUCCUCGAACCAGCGAACCUUCCAAUGAACCCUCGAGACAACACAUUGAUCUUUGAACCUUCUGAGGAGGAUCAUGUAUAAAUAUACUUAUAAAACAAAACAUACCUGAGUGUU